AUGAUUGUUCAGGUAAUUUGUACUGUUUGUUUCUUGGCAGUAAAUACAUUUUAUAUUAGAUCUUCUUUUGAUUUCCUGAAAGCAGAUGACAUGGGUGAGAUUAACCAGACACUUGUGUCAGAAUUUUUUCUUCUGGGUCUUCCUGGAUACCCAAAGAUUGAGAUUGUUUACUUUGCUCUCAUUCUAGUUAUGUACCUAGUGAUUCUAAUUGGCAAUGGUGUUCUAAUCAUAGCCAGCAUCUUUGAUUCUCGUCUUCACACACCCAUGUAGUUCUUCCUGGGCAACUUCUCUUUCCUGGAUAUCUGCUAUACAUCCUUCUCUAUUCCCUCAACAUCGGUGAGCUUAAUCUCAAAGAAAAGAAACAUUUCCUUCUCUGGAUGUGCAGUGCAGAUGUUCUUUGGGUUUGCAAUGGGGUCAACAGAAUGUCUGCUUCUUGGCAUGAUGGCAUUUGAUCAUUAUGUGGCCAUCUGCAACCCACUGAGAUACCCCAUCAUCCUGAGCAAGGUGUCGUAUGUAUUGAUGGCUUCUGUGUCCUGGCUCUCCAGCGGAAUCAAUUCAGUUCUGCAAACAUUACUUGCCAUGAAACUGCCUUUCUGUGGGAAUAAUAUUAUCAAUCAUUUCACAUGUGAAAUAUUAGCUGUCCUCAAGCUAGCCUGUGCUGAUAUAUCCCUCAAUAUUAUCACCAUGGUGAUAUCAAAUAUGGCCUUCCUGGUUCUUCCGCUGAUGGUCAUUUUUUUCUCCUAUAUGUUCAUCCUCUACACCAUCUUGCAAAUGAACUCAGCCACAGGAAGACGCAAGGCAUUUUCCAUGUGCUCAGCUCACCUGACUGUGGUGAUCAUAUUUUAUGGUACCAUCUUCUUUAUGUAUGCAAAACCACAGUCUCAAGACUUGAUUGGGGAAGAAAAAUUGCAAGCAUCAGACAAGCUCAUUUCUCUGUUUUAUGGGGUAGUGACGCCCAUGCUGAAUCCUAUAAUCUAUAGCUUGAGAAAUAAGGAUAUAAAAGCUGCUGUAAAAUAUUUGCUGAACAAAAAACCAAUUCACUAA